UGACGACACAUACGAAAACACAGUACGUCACGGUGUUCCGUGAAGAUCCGGCUGUGGUGACAGGUUCUCGAACGAUAUAUAUCGAUUUUUCGCUGGGGUGAUCAACGAGAGAUCGUUUACGUGCAGUAGCCGCGAAUAAUGUCGACGGGAAAGAGGUUGGCGAAACGUAGCAUAAUCGGCACCAGAGUUUGUGCUCCCGGCGACGACGGGAAGUACUAUAGCGGCGUCAUACACGCUGUGAAAACGCCGGCGUCAGCCGCCGCCGAGUCGGGACUCAGUAUUACACCGAAGACUCGUUACUCGGUGCGGUUCGAUUCCGUUCCGGGUGGUCGUCCGCCGAGCCCGAGCACCGAGUACUCCGAUCGCGAUCUGAUCGGACCGGGUUUCGGUUCUGUGACCAGCGCGCGUCUCGUGCCGGGACAAAAAGUUUUUCUGACGUACAACGGCCGGGAAAUUCACGCGGAGGUCACCCAACACCGUGAACAUCUCGACGAGGUGGAUGUCGUGAUAGCACCGAGUGGACAAGAGACGAUGAGCUUGACCAAACGCAUAGACGAGGUCAGGUUGCUCGAGUCACGUAAGAGCGCCCGGCUGGCCGAUCAGGACACAGAUUUCGCCAGGCUCGCCGACAUGGCCGGCGAUCGGAAGCGGGCCUCAUCCCACUCCAUCGAUGUGCCACACGUGAUUGGAUCGAGGAAACGACGGCCAAGCUCGAGCAACGACUCCGAACGGCUGUACAGCGGCUGGAACGAGAGAAUACCACACGGAUGCGGUCGCGAGGGAUGCCGUACCAACGAGCGGGGCGACUGCAUGGACGAGUGCACCGCUGCCUUGGUACUGAUGUCACUCUCGUGCUCGCCACACAGUCCUCACAAUCCCCUGCCACUUCACUGCCAGCACAAUUACGGUUCCUGGGGAGGUCGAGGAGGAGGUGGUGGCGGCAUAGUCGUCGGCUCACCGGGCGUUGGCGGCACUUCGAACAGCAGUAGCAGCAGCAGCGGGGCAUCAUGGCGGAGCGGUACCCCAAGCCCACCACUCAGCGACGAGGGGGCGCCGACCACGGGAUCGUUGUGGCCAAACCCAGGCCACCACCACCAUCAUCAUCAUCAUCAUCAUCCGUCGCACAAUCAACAGCACUACCCGUACAACGCGUCCGGUUCGUCGUCGAGCAGCACACCGGGCUCUACCACCACCCUGGACGAGGGCAUAGUGCCCGAUUACCUCGAGGAGCAGCACCCGCGCAAGAAGAAGAUUCGAGCGAAAGUGAACCGUGACCCGAUCGACAAUGGGCCCGCUAGCUGUUCCACUUACGAGAGCGAACAGGCGAACGCUGCGGUGGUGUUCAAAUGCACUUGGCCGGGAUGCAUGGAGAUCAAGGCGACGGUCGCGCUGAUCGAGGAACACGUGCGCAAAUCGCACCUGGGGCCGAAAAAAUCGAAGGGUUACGAUAACGAGGAGGAUGACGACAUGUCCGAUCACGAGGAGGAGUUCUACUAUCAGGAAGUCGCCGUCGAUCAUAUGAGCUCGCCGCCGACGAUGUCCCAUCGGGACAUGGCGAGGCCGCCGCACGAGGAUCCCGAGUAUCAGAAACAGCUACGCCUCGAGGCUGGCCCGACAGGUGGCGGCAAUAACAACAACAACAACAACAACAACAACAACGAGAACAACGUGAUGGUGGGAAUCAGGGAACGGAACACAACAUUCACCAUUUCGCAAUCACCGGGCACGCCGAUCAAGCACAUAAAGCUGUCGCCCCGGCCGUUCCAGACCUAUCAACAGAAUAUGGGACUGUUGACCGUGUCCACGGGCAAGAUGCCGUCGUCGCCGCGACGGAUACGGGGCGAAACGAAGAAAUGCCGCAAAGUGUACGGUAUGGAGCACCGUGACCUAUGGUGCACGCAAUGCAAAUGGAAGAAGGCCUGCAGCCGUUUCGGUGACUAGGCCAAGCGAACGCCGCCCCGUACGUACGUGCGUGGGCGGAGAUCGUCGCCGAGCCGACCCCAGAGUUUGCCAAUGCUACGUUAACGAAAUAGAAAAAACAAAAAAGAACAAGGGAAAGAAUCGACAAGCCGAAAACCAAGAGACAGAGAGAGAAAGAGAGAGAGAGAGAGAGAGGGAAAGUUCUCCAUCAACUGCCAAUUGCCAAUAUUCUCGAUCGUAGCCGUCGUCGUCGUCGUUGUUGUUAAUUGUAGAGAGUCGAUCGUCGCGACACGACGGCGGCCGAGACCGCGUAUUAAUCGUCGGACGAAAAAGCGACAUCGAAACCCCGUGUGUGUGGCCCCAAAGGACAAACAUUACCACCUUGAUUGAUCAGAUCGGUCACACGAUCGUCCCGGUACCAGCAGCGAAGAGGAGGUACCCUUUCAUUUAUCGUGUCCACACACCAUCUUCCAGACCGGCCUCUGUUCAUCCAACCCACACCCUACCCGUGUGACAAGGACCACACUGAAUUCCAUUGGCCGUUGUGAUAUUCGACGUCAGACAACAAACGGAUGCUGAACCAUCGGAAAAACCGCGCCUCUUCCUGGUUCUUCUCCAAUCAUCCCCGUGAAACAUUUCACUGGCUCGUCACCCUGAUUAUGGGCUAGAUGCUUUGAGGCGGAUGCGACAGUUUUUCAUGGAGACCACAGACACACACAAACACACACAAACACACACAUACACACAACAUACACGUCAAUCCCAUGACGGAUGGCGAACGGGGUCAGAAGGGCCGACAACAACUCCUUUUUUGGACGAUCGUCGACUCUCAGCUCUCCACCGAAUAGAAAAGAAUCGUCGAAGAAACGUGUGGACCGGGGGGAUAGAGAUUCGAUCGACGAACAAUCAUCCUCCCCCCCAUCACCCAGGCCCCCAUCCCGGAUCGCUUGGUGUCCGGCGCCUUGGCAAACUCCGCGUUAGGGUCUUGUCGUUCUUGUCUGUUUUUCUUUGUUCUUUUUUUAUUAUUCUUUCUUUCU